AUGCCGUCGGCACAGCUGGAGCAGCAGUUCCAGGCGCGUAUCGCCCAAGCGAAAGAGGCUGCGCGCUUGGCGUCUAUUGCUGCAUCUGCGCGUGCGUCUUGCCCAUUGACUGGUACUUCUCUUGCGCCGAUUGCACCAGUUUCGACGACGUUUCAGUCGUCUGCGCCAGUCGCCGAGUCUUUUCAACUGGAAACGAUCCCUUUCGACGUGAAAAAUCGCGUUGAUCGACUUGUGGAGUUCGUAGCGCGGAACGGAAUCGCGUUCGAGCUUACGGUCAAGCAACGAGAGCAGAACAAUCCGGAUUUCGCGUUUUUGAACCCGGGAGGACCCUUUUCUGACUAUUAUGAGUGGAAGAAACAGCAGCAAAUGGAUGGAGCUCCAGUGUCGAGACAAGGUCCUGUGCUAGGCAGUGCUUUUCCUGCCGCAUCAGUACCGACGGACGUUCUUGGGGACAUGUCGGUUGGUGCAAUGGCCAAUGUCUGCAAGUUUGCCAAAGUGAGGGGAGUGCAGCCAUAUGCACCGAUCCCUCCAGAAGUUAUUUUGCGUGUGGGAAGUCUGCCGCCCGUGGAACCAGCAAGACUGGAGGUUCGGCUGAUGGAGUUUUAUCGGGAUGAAGGGGGAAGCUGUCGACGAGACUGA